GACCAGACUCCUUUUGGGUUGCAAAAUGGCGGACCGCGCUCGAUAACCUUGCAUAGCGCCAGGAACAUGUGGUUUGUUCUUGGGUGCGCCUCCGGUGGUUGGACGUGGGGUAUUAGGCUGAGGGUGACAUUGUGGACUGUUUGAUGGAUACGAUACCUACCUAGCCUGGUUCUCUCCUUCAUCAAGAAGCCUCCCCUCUUCAGAAUCCAUCUUUGGUUCGUCUUGUUUCCUCUCAUCGCCCUAGUUGGCAUCUACAGUAUUAUACGUUGUAUUAACCAGCUUUACCUCCAUUUCUUUUUAAAUCAUAAGACCAAUACGUAUUCCGCCGGAGGAUCGACAACCCAGCAGCUCGAUCCAAGAUAAUAGAAACAACGAUGUCUACCGCUCUCCUUUCCCUCAUUGGCUUUGCCGCCGCAGUCUUUGCGGGCCCUCUCCAACCUCGCAUACUUGCCGCCGAUGACGUCGUCUUCCUCAACCACGAUGGCACCUCCCAGAUCAUGAAGGCCGCCGAAUACGAGGCCCUCGAAGCAGCCGCCGCCGCCGCCGGUCCCGGUCCCGCUUCUUUUCCUUCGCUCAACAUCACCAGCACCCCCGGCAUAGUCCGGCGUCACUGCGGCCAGAGCAACGAAGUCCAGGUCAUGUCAGACGAGUCCUUUGUCGACUCGGACGUCGCCAUGUCUCCAAUCGUCUCAUCGGCGGGCGGCGGGGCCAUUGUGAGCGUCGAGAACGGCUUCCAGCUCUCGGAACAUCUGAAAUUCCAUGGCGAGAUCACCCUCGGCGGCCCCAAGGUCGUCCGCGUAUCGCUCAAUAAGAAGUUCGACAAGACGUGGACAACCACUCAGACCAACACGUUCAGGUACUCGUUGCCGCCCAACAUGUACGGCGUCAUCGUCAGCCAGCCCUACGUCCGCCGCGUGCAGGGCGUCCUGCUGAGCGGCUGCACGGACAACCCUACCAGGACUCCUUUCGAGGCCAAGACCUACGAGAGCCAGAGCUACGGCUCGCUCACUUGGGUCAAGGGCGUCAUCCGCAUGUGCAGCAGCGAGACCUACCCCGUUCCGUACUGCAUCGGCGACGGCCACCACGCAUGAGCCGGACC